GCGUGUCGUUUUGCAAGCCACUUUAACCUAGAGGUUUGCAAGGUUGGAAGUUCUGCACCGGAGCCGGGGAGAAAUGGAGCUGGAGCAGAGAGAGGGGACCAUGGCAGCCGUGGGCUUUGAGGAGUUCUCAGCACCUCCCGGCUCAGAGCUGGUGCUGCCUCCGCUGUUUGGUGGUCACAUCCUGAAAAACGAGCUUGAGACCGAAGUGGAGUUCAUGUCUGGGGUUCUGGGCAGCUCCAGCUUCCGGGAGCAAGACGAAGAGGAGGAGGCAGCCCGAGGCCAGCAGUGGCGCCAACGGGAACUCAAUCGCAGGAAGUACCAGGCGCUGGGUUGGCGAUGCAGGGAGAUUGAGCAGGUGAACGAGCAGGUCCUGAACAGGCUCCAUCAGGUACAGAGGAUAACACGGAGACUCCAGCAGGAGUGGAGGUUCCUCAUGAGGGUGCUGGACUCCUAUGGCGACGACUACCAGGCCAGCCAGUUCACCAUCUUACUGGAGGACGAAGGCAGCCAGGGCACAGACAGCCCCACCCCAGGCAAUGCUGAGAACAAGCCACCGAAGAAAGAGGGGCUGUCCCCGCCCAGGAGGACGCCAGCGCCCGCAGAAGCCAGCAGCCCGUCCCCUGGCAAGGGGCCCAGUGGGCAGAAGAGGCUGCGAGCACCAUGGGAAGGGCGCCGGGUGGGAGUCCCACUGACUCCGGAGCUGGCCCCCGUGCAGAUAAAGGUGGAGGAAGACUUUGGCUUUGAAGCAGACGAAGCCCUGGACUCAAGUUAG